AUGAGUAGACCUGCCUCUCUCUCCUCCAACAAACAACCAAACAAUCGAGAAGAUACAAACGAGGAUGACAAUUUAUCAACCUCGGGAUCUAGUAAUAGUUCCAAUCAGUCAUCACCAGCAACAAAUAAUCAUCAUCAUACAACACAGGCAACUUCUACAGCAAAUAUUCGAGCCGUGCAGGAUGAUCAGAGUGUAGGUUCUCCUCCUGUUUCGCCAAGAUCACCAAAUGGUGCCUCUUCAAUGAGGAUUCGAAUGCCACCUCCAAAUUCACCAGGAAGUGAGCAGAAUAGAAAGAGUUUCAGAUUGGCCAAGUCUCCUCUUUCGGCUAGAAGUAAUAGAUCGAAUGGUUCUGGAAAUGGUUCGAAUAGUGGUGUUUAUGAUACAACACCACACGAAUUGAAACCUAGUAACUCUGCAAAUAUUAAAAAGAGAAAUUUGUCAAGAAUUGGAAAGAAGGAUUCUCCCAGUUUGGUGACUAUUCCAUCAUCUUCCUUGUGGAUUAAUAGUGCCAAGAAUGCGAAUAAUAGAAUGUCAGUUUCGUAUAAUAAUGAUCAAAUAGUUGAUAUGGAUGAAUAUAAUUUGACUUCAUCGGCUCUCUCGGUAAAAUUCUCAUUCGAAAUGUUAAGAAAUAGGAAUGCCUUAUUGCAGGGAGGAAUGGGUAGAUACUUUUCUAUGCAAGUUUCCAAGACUGGUUCAUCAAAGAAGGAAACUGAAAAGAUUCCACUCUCUGUUGGUUGUUUCGUCUUGAAUUCUGAAGGAAAACUUGUUGAUAUCAUUACGGUGGAGCAAGCAAAGAGUUUACUUUGUGUUGAAAAUAUUCUAAACCUUAAAGGAAUGGAAAAUGUUGAGGAAUUGGAUCAAGCAGUUGUAAAUAAUGUGGAAGAAAGUGGUGGUCGUAAAUCAAAGAAAUCUGCAAAAGCAAACUCUGCACUUACAACCACUCAAACACCACUUGUUGCAUUGGAAUGUCAAUUGAAUGAUUUGCUAUCUGAUUCCUCCCAAAGAAAGUAUUUAGGAAUGAGAUCACUCAAUAACAGUACAUCAGCUAACUCAACAACAACUUCUUCAUCAGGAAAGACCACUAUUGGAGGUUUUGUAUUGAGAACAAACAGAAAAUCCAAUGCUGAUGAGGAGGAAAACAAACAACCAGAAAAGAAACAUCAAAAACUAUCAAAUAUUGUAGAUGAGAUGCAUACAAGAAAUGUGAAGGAUGACAUGGCCUAUGAAAAAUUGAAACAAUCAUUCAAUAUCCAAGUCAGAGAUUGGAAAACCAAUGAUGAAACAAAUUAUCAAUCUAGUGGAAUUUUCCAAAAUCUUACCCAUGGCUAUGCAGCAGAUUUCAAUAAUUUAUUGAAUAGCUUUACAAUGUCAACAACGAAAGUUCAAAAGCAAUCUGAUGAUGAAGAGGAAAAGGUUGUACAGAAGGAAGAUUUCAAAUUUUGUAAAAAAACCAUCGAUAAGGUCAUGUUAACAAAAUAUGAUGUUGCUAAAUCAAAGCGAAUCAGUAACUAUCUUAGUGAUAACCCAUUUGGCGAAUAUACCAAACUGAUAUUCUUCUUAGAAGGUGACCUGAACUGUUUGGAAGGUGAUAUUCAAGUCUCCUUUGAGAAUGAUAUGGUAUUUACCAAGUCUGAAAUUCAUGAAGAGAAUGCCUAUCGUGUUUCAGCCUCCAAGUUCAUUCAUAACUUGAAUAUUGAAGUGAAUCAACCCUCUCUAAUGAAUAAGAGCAAUACCAUUACAACAUUAUUCAGUUUAUCCUAUGACAGACUCAAAAAAGAGUACAAGGUUGAUUUAGCAGAUCCUCUCAGCUCUAUCAAUAAUUCUUCCCUAUCUUGUCAGCCAUUCCCUCUACCAAAUGAUAGUUGUCUUUUCCAUUUACCUAAAGUUUUGGAGCCAAUUAGAGAGAAUCAUAACAUUGUACUUGAAACUAGAGAUGUGAAAAGUAAUUCUCCUCCAAAGGCAGCAGGUUCAAACAACUCCAUAUUUGUGGACAGUGAAAAAUUGAGGUUGAGAAUAACAGAGGAGAAUAGAGCUAUUGGAAUAAGACCAAUUAGAACUAAUCAUUUCUGUGUCUUGAUGGAUUCUGUUGGAGGAGUUGUUGAUGUUGUGAGUCACGAUAAGAGAUUUAGUAACCAUACUGUUUCUGGAGAGCCAACAAUUUCCAGUCACAUGGCUGUUGGUGUUGUAGGAAACAAUAAUUCAUUCGAAUCAUCGUUCGAUUACUUUGACCUCAAACUGGAAAACUUGAAACAUAUUCAUGAAAUUUAUUUCGUAUCAAUGAUCGGAGAUGGAUAUGAACAUUCAGAAUUACCUCGAAUGGGCCUUACCAACACUGCUUCGAAUAACAUUUCAAGCUAUCUCUUUUUUGAUUCUUCGUUUGGAUUGAGUUAUAUUGACAAGUCAAACAAUGAAGUUAACAUUAGAAACUUCCCAACGCCUCCUCAUCCAAGUAAUUGCAUCAUCUGGGGGAAGGUUUCACACGCCACUGGCCAAUCCUUUGUGAUGAAAUUCCUUGGUGAGCACAUGUCAGUUGAGAAGAAACCAAAACAAACUUGCUUUUCAACAAUUGUGAGACACAUAAGACACUACCAUUUCAAUAAGGGAGCUGAUUCCCUUUGUAGAUCUGCUGUAGUUCAGGAAGGACAAGAGAUUACAACUUAUGAUUUUCCUGUCAAGUUUUCAAAUUCUCACCCAAUCAUGUUACAAUUUCAAGGAGCUAGUCAUCCUCAUCUUUGUAAACCUUCAGACUUGCUUGUUAAACUCACUGUAUUCACAUUUGAUAAGGAAGCCUAUUUCUUGAAGAAACAACAUGUGGAAUUGAGAAGAGAAGGCCCAAUUUUGGAUGGCGUAAUCGAUCCAAUGGCAAUCAUUCCUCGAUUGGUGGAAAAGGCAGGAAUUGUCUUUUGUAUUGUUUCCUACCGAGAACAUGCGGUUAGGGAGGAUAACAGAACUGUCACGUUUGAGGAUGAAGAUGAUUUACCAAGAAACUCUGUUGCCGAAAAGGAAGAGGAUGAAACUAUUCGAAACAUUUUUGUUAUCGAUCCAGUUACAAGAAAACCAUUAUUCUCUCUUCCUUUAUGUGAUAUCUUCAAGAUUUCAAAUCAUGAAAACAAUGGCCCAAAGGAGGUGGCUGACUUUGAGGGAUACAAACACCUGUUGGCUUUCAAAAUGGAAAGAAAGCAAAAGGAAGAGUGGUCACUUUCCUACGUUGGUGAAUGGAUGCCAAUAGAUGUAGACCAUUCCUCCGUUACUAAAAGAGAUGAUUCAUGGGUUUAUUACUUGUCAGAUCUCUUCCUAAUGGGAGAUUCCAAGUAUAAAAGAGUGACCAAUGAAAGAUUGUCUCAUGCUCCCAUUCCUUCUCCUUCACAAUAUAUUUGCUUUGGUGUAAGAUUGGAAGAUACAACCAAAAAGGUUCCAUUUAGAAGUGAUUUGAGUCCUCUCACAGCUGGAACAACUAAAAAAGCCCAGAAAACAAAAAACCUUAUCGAUCAUACCAUUGUAAGAAUGAAGGCAAUUUGUUAUAAUUGGAAGGGAGAUGUUACCAAGGUACUGAGCUCCUCAAAUUCAAUGCCAAAAUCUGGCAGUGUGGAAAAGUACCUUGCUGAUGACAGUACAAAGUUUGCUGCUCUCAUUGAUAGAGCCUUGCCAACUGCCACAUCAGUACAAUGGCCAAUGCAAGGAGAAUAUGAUGAGACUCAAUGCUACAUGAUGCUCGACUCUGUUGAUGAUAGCAAGGUUCAAGCAUUGAGCCCAUCUAUGGUUCGUCUGUCAUUCAGAAGAAACAAGGAUUUCAUGUUACCUGAGCCAAUUCCAGUUUAUCACUUUUCCAUUCUAUUGAAGAUUUAUAUUGUGAUUAACUCGAAGGAAAUUCCACCUGAAGAUGUAAUUGAAUUAUUGUCUCAGCUUAAUGCUGUCAUCAAGGUUUACAACAUGGAAACUAAGAGUGAGGCAUUUAGAUUUACAAUUCCUGCUUCUCAAAUUCCUUACAAGGCAGGUGAAAAUCAAUCCAAGAUUAAUUCUCACUUGUUCCUCUGUAGUAUCAGGUCCAUCUUCUCCAAUGAUAACUCUAGCAAGGUUUGGCAUAUUAAUCCAAUACUGCAACGAAAGCAAAUGGGUGGCGAAUUGACUAAAUUCUUAGCACCAAUUCCAAAGAUACUCAAAGUUCAAAUUGUGGAAGCAAGGAAUUUACCUGUCAUGGAUGCCAUUUCUGGACUUUGUGAUGGUUUUGUAAAGGUUUACAAUAUUGAAAAUGAGAAGGGAUUAACUUCCAAAAAGAAGAAGAAAACCUACAAGACCAAAACUAUCAAGAAGAAUUUGAAUCCUCGUUGGAAUAAUGAAACGUUUACAUUGUAA